AUGGCAGCGGCGCACGGCACGAUGGCUCCCGCCUUGGCGACACGGAGGCCCUUCGGAAGUGAGUGCGCUACGCGAUCAUGUGCGACUGUUUUGCUUGCUCUUGUUCAAAUUCUUGUUAGAUGUGUCCAUGUGCUACAGGUUUUUGGUUUAUAUCGGAAAUUUACGUUCCGCUAUGCGAAUGGAAACAUGGUCCUCAACGCGGGGAGGGGUUGAGGGGCAGGAAUGACGCGGUUGGGGAUCCAGCGCCCCCUCUACCAUGUUCUCCUCUUGAAGGAGAGCAUUUAUUUUCUUUUUUCGAUGGCAUUUGGUGAAUAGACACGGAAAUGAAGUAGCUUGCUCUCGUAACCGAGUAAUUUGUAUUUUAAUCUGCCGAGUAUGGGGAAUGUCCUGACUUAUUGCAAAGAUUCCGAGAGGACCACACGUAGCCACGCUCAUUGAAUUUUUUAUUUUGUUUUUGGAGCUAACGCAUUGUUUCUCGAAUCCACAAACCUUGAGGUUCAUCUAAGCAUUUUUUCCGGUAUCUCAGUAAAUCUUAAAAAUUCUCUCUCUCUCUAAAUAAUCAUGUUUUUAUGAUAUUUAGUUCAUUUACGAGUAAAGCCACCUAAUGGCUAAUGGAUGCUCACGAUGCUUAGAGAGGAGAGAAUUUAUUGGUUCCCCUGAAACUAUUUGUUGUCAUCGAGGGGCCUGAGGUACUACUAAGUAUCGCAAAUGCUGAUCUUUUCUGUUGGAUUUGAGGGAAAAUAAAUUUUAUGUAUCGUAUCACAUUGCAUACUUUAAAUUUUGUGAAGGAAAAGUCAUAAGAUGACGCUUUCAAAUAAAUAAAUAAGUCAUUCGAAGGGAUCAUUGUUAACAACGUAUAAUAGAACUCAAUUCAUGUGGUAGAGUAAUACUUUUUAAACCGCACAUUGAUGAUGCCAACGUUUUUAAGAAAUGUGGGUCACAUAUGUUGAAACUUAUUUUUUAUGGGUUUUGAAAACCAUUGGCAUGUUUGAAAUGGCAACAGUAAUACGUUUUGCCAAUAUGUUGAAGACUCACCCUUGCUAAUUGUAAUUUUCAGUUGAACAUCACUGCCUAUCACAUAUAGAUUUUGAAUUUAAUGGUUGCAUUCUUUAAAUAGUUUCUUGCCAAAUAAUUUUCAACUAGGCGUGCAUGUUUUCAAAACUUUCAGUAAUUUUUCCAAAUCUUCUGUUGAUUAGUUUGCUCAGUAAUUAGUUUCCUUUGUAUUUCAUGUACAUCAUUUUUUACGAUGUAGUGUUCAAAAUUUAUGGAUUUAUGUUGUUUUAUACUUCUUGGCAUUGCUCGCUUAUUUAGCAUCAUUUUCAUUCAAUUUUCUCUUCUGAGAAUAUUUACUUGGUUCAUAAAUAUUAGUAUAUUUCAUUAGAAAUAUAUGAGACUGCUUUUGACUAGGUCUAUUGGUAGAAUCGUUUUUUGUUAUUUUGGCCAACAUCUAUUAUUUGGCUAACUUUAUCAGCCUUUUCGGUGACUGAUUUCAGAAUCAAAAAAGAAUUUUGGGAGAUUUUAUGCUGGCCAAACGUUCAAGUGUGGGAGACCUUUCAGGAUUUUUGCUAGAGUGGAAUCAAGUUCAAACAAAGAUAGUGUGGAAAUUUCUCAGGAAUCAGAUAGAACAAUGGGAUCGCUGUUCACAUGGCCAGACAAACAGGUGGAGACAUUUUUUUUGUGAAUUUUUCAAGGAUAUACUCAUAGAUUCGCAGUACAAAACUGUUGUUCUACGUAUCCGUUAGACUUCCUUGGAGCCUGUAAAUUUCAAAAUCUUUUCUCCUGUCUACGUGUGGACAUGCAUUGAAUCAUUUGGAAUUAUCAUAUCUUGUUUUAGUUUUGGUGGAAAAUCCAGCGUAUGUGUUGUGAAUGAGCAUGGUUCAUCUUUGGUAGAUAUUUUUAUGUUAUCCUUGAGCAUUUUCUUGAAGUUAACUGUAAUGCUUUGCAAUUACAAUACCAUAUCUUGUUUUAAUGUUGGUGGAAAAUCGAGCCUAUAAGUUGUGCGUGAGCAUGGUUCAUCUUUGGUAGAUAUUUUUAUGUUAUCCUUGAGCAGAAGGUGUUCUUGUCUCCUUCAGAUGAGUUAGAUUGCUUAAGAUAGACUGACAAAGUAGGUUUCAAAGGGAGAUUUCCGUCAAUGACGUUGGGAUUGAUGUACUUUACCUUUGCUUUUUGUACCUUCUUUCUGUGUAUUAUUCUCUGUCCGAACUGCUAGAUAUUGCUCACACUGGAUAUCUUUUUCUGCUUGUUACUCAUUCUCAAGGCUGUUUUGCAGAAGCCCCGAGUAUGCAUAUUAGGAGGCGGAUUUGGAGGUUUGUACACUGCUCUAAGAUUGGAAUCCCUUUUGUGGGCGGAUAACAAAAAGCCCCAGGUAAAGUCAUUAUUUGAUAUAUAAGUUCAAAAAAUUGUAGAAUCCCAUUUCAGUUGUUUUCUUUUCAUGCUAGUUUUUUAGGAGUCUUUUUCGUUUUUUUUUCUGUGUGCGUGUUGAGAUUAGGGUUGCUAGCCCCUAAACCGAUCUGUGUGCUUGCCUAAUCUGUCUUGGGUGUCAGGUGCCUUCUUCUGGCCACUUGGAUCGCUAAAGAGAACAGUAGGGCCUUAUAAUUGCAUCAGAUCAAAACGCUAACAUAACAGCCACCGAGAGCAUUGUGAAUUAAUGUAAUAGUAAUUCACGUUAUGCCAUCAAGUAUGUGUUAACCCUACUAACUGUUUGUUGUGAACGUGAUCGAAUAUUUUGAACCGUUCAAAUCAUGCAAGCGGCUGAAUACAGACACCAAUAAUUGAUGUUCAUGUUUAGAAAUGCAAACUUACAAUCAUGCAAAAGGCGAAGUGCCCAUCAUCUUGAAUGGAACACAUAACGGUCUCUGUUUAUAUAUCGGUGUCCCACUAGCACCAAAUAUGCCGUACAUCCCUGUUUGACUAGGAAGAACAUCUCAUCUCCAUACUUUCAGAGGUGUUGGAGCAAUAGGGAAAGCACCCUGUAGGAAGAAGAAUUGGGAAAAAUAUAUGGCCCAUUGAAGAAAUAUGGCCUUCUCGCACACAAAAAAGCUGGAGACUUAAAGAGUGUCUCCAUGGUCUGCCACUGGAGACAAGGACAUGAAAAUCGAGUAUCUAUCGUCUUUUUCUAAUUGAUGAAAUCAUGAUUCAGAUUCGAUCAAGCUUGUGUGAUCUGAUCAUCAGCUGACCCCCAGAAUCCACGUGUAAGAAUAUAGUCACAGGCAGUCACUGUCCCAUCAUAAGAAAGAAAUUAGUAUGUGAUGGAGAUUGCUACAUGUUUGGUACUUCUGCCCUUCAAAAUCAGGGGCGCCAUUCGACUCCUUGAAGUUGUCUCUUUUUUUUAUUAGAAGUUUCUGUUCCACUAUAUUGAAAGUUUGACAGAGUAGCUUGCAAUUGGCCGAAGAGUUUUUUUUGGUUGACUCUUCCUUUAAGGCCCAAUUUACUACUGGUUUUAGCCCUUAAGAGUCUUGGUUUCCAUGCCUUUUUUCUUCCUACUCAGCUGGGCCCCUCCCUUUCCAUCUAAUUUGGGAGAAUCUGGGCACUCGUUGCAGAAACUUUUGUUUGGAUUAUGAUCAUCUUCUGACCUAUUCCUUUUCUCGUUCUUGGUUCUUUUGGUCCACCAAUUCUCCAGCGCCUUGGUUUACCCUGUCUUUUUUCCGUAAAUCAGUUACAUACUAUGGAACAAGUGCUGUUUUGGUUAAUUGGGAGAGUAGGGCAUCAGGCCUAUCGCUAUCCAUUGAUUACUGAUAAGAUUUAAGUGAGGAAUCCAUUAUUUCUUUCCCCUGCAUUCUCCAGAAUCUUGGGUGAGUCCUUAAUGAUUUACUGUUCCUUGUUGUAUGGGCACAUGAUAAAUGAUGACGAAAUUGGUAUGUAAUGAGAGACUAGUUUUUGGAGGAUGAGCUUUAUUUAGCAAUGCAAGACCUUUACCGCAGUUUGGAAGGUUUAUUGCAGGAGGAAAUGAGCUUACUCUUAAGUUUCGGUCAGAUCAGCCAAGAAAACGACCAAGAUGGUUACCUUUCCUAUAUAUAUGAUGAAGAAUAGUAUUAUGCUCAUAAUACCAUUUGAGAUUAUGCUCAUAGUAGUAUUACCGCAGUAGCAUUAUGCUCAUAUAUUUGAGAUGUAAAUUGUGUAGAUCCCAUUGAAUCCAUGGUAGAACAGUAAUUUUCAAACGAUAAGAAGCCCAUUCAACGAAUCCCGAAUUUCAUUUUUUUUAAAGGUGUGGGUUUAAUAUCCAAGCAUGCCUUUUUCUUUUUGAUGUGAAUGGUCUGCUUGAAUUUAUCAUCUGAAAGAUGUUGAUAAAUAUAAUUGGUACAUGGCUUAAUGACAAACGUUUUCAUUCCACCCUGAUGAAGUGCUUAUCCUUUUUAUGGUUGUGAUCUUGUCGAGAAAUUUUCUUUUUGUUACGUUUUAUGUUUCUGUUUCUGACCUUUACUCUAUGUUUGUGACUUGAAAACCCCUUUCAUGUAUUCUUUUCAAUUGGGUUCCAUUUUGGAUGUUGCUUUUGUACAUCAGAUUUAUGCUUAACUCUUCUCCUGUUUCUAAUCGUGUUUUCCUUCACUGACUGAGGUUUUUCUUCGCUUUCUAAUCAUGUGUCUUUCAUGUACUCUUUUCAAUUGGGUUCCAUUUUGGAUUAUACUUUUCUACACAUCAGAUUUAUGCUUAACUCUUCUCCUCCUGUUUCUAAUCGUGUUUUCCUUCACUGACUGAGGUUUUUAUUCGCUUUCUAAUCAUGUCUUUUAAUGUUCCAAUUCUGAAAAUGUGGCAGGUGGUUCUUAUUGAUAAGUCAGAGAAUUUUGUUUUCAAACCAUUGCUGUAUGAGCUCCUCUCUGGAGGUAUUAUUGAUUCCUUACCAAUAAGACUUCAGAAAUGUGAUGAGCAAAUGUCUUUUGUGGAAUUGGUGGUUGUUAAAAUGAGCUUCCGUGAUUUUUGGCAUCUCUGUUAAUAUUGCUUUUCUGUCUCUGAAUCGCAGAGGUAGAACCCUGGGAAAUAGCACCUUCAUUCAAAGACUUACUUGGCAAAACUGAUGUCCAAUUUAUCAAGGACAAGGUCAAGCUUAUACAGCCUUCUGACAAUUUCCGUCCAAAUGAAUCUAGAAAUGUAUCGUCUGGAGGGAAUGUACAGCUUGAAAGCGGUGUUACUAUUGAAUAUGACUGGUAUUUUGUUUCCUGUUAUAUUUUAUGAUGCCAUGGAUUGACUUUAUUUUGUGAUAUUUUUCUGUUCUUAUUUGCGUCUCUCUGUCAGCAGUUCAGUCCAAUUUAUUUAUUGGUUUUCUGUCAUGUUUUACUGGAAUCAUGUCACAACAAACAACUGCACAAUUUACAUUAUGUUUCAAAAAAUUCUAGGGACCUUAUUUUUUUAUUAAAUUUAGUGUCGCAAACAUUAGUGUGCUUUGUGUCAAGCGUGUUUUUUUUUUCAAAUUUUCAUGUCUAAUAUUAGAAUUUACUUAACUGGACAGCCAGGCUGGUUCUGGCUCUUGGAGCUGAAGCUAAACUCGAUCUCGUGCCUGGAGCUGCUGAAUAUGCAUUGCCUUUCUCGACAUUGGAUGAUGCACUUGUAAGUUUUACUAAACAUUGUAUGUGCACUACAUUCUCAUGGCUUCCCUCUUUUACUUUUCGUACACGAUUAGUGUUAAAUGCUUUUCAGAGAUACAACUUUUGUGAAAUGGUUGUAAAAAAUUGAUGUUAAAAUAAUAUUGCUUUAUUGCUCGCCAAUUUUCUUUAGAACUGUUAGUCAAAAUUUGUGUCAUCAUUCUUGCUUAAAUUCAAAAGUAUUCCAGUGAUCACCCUUACACCUUUUGUACUUGGAGGUAGUUGUUCCCGCUUGAUGACAAAUGUAAAAAUACCUUCUCAAGACAUGAUAGCACAUUCACGAUACCUCCCUGCGUCCCCCCUGUUUCAGCAAGCCUGCCACAUGUCCAGGGUGGUAUUUUUAGUUUUGUUGAAAAACCAUUGCACAAAAUGUUUUAUCACAGGCGUGUAUGAUUAAUCAUCUAAGAUAUUUGUCUUGCUCUGAUACCUAUACUCUUGCUUCUGUGGUUCUUGCAGCAAGAAGGGUACCCUCAUAUGUUUUCACUUUUCUGUUGCAGAAAGUUGAGCUUUCAUUGAAGAUGCUGGAACGGGCACAGUUUAGAAAAAAAUCUUUACCAAUACAGGUGGCAAUUGUUGGCUGUGGUUACUCUGGAGUUGAGUUAGCUGCCACCAUAUCUGAGAGACUACAGGACCGGGGAAUAGUUUACGGGAUCAAUGUUGACACUAACAUAUGCCCAACUGCUCCACCUGGAAAUCGAGAAGCUGCACUUAAAGUGAGAACAUCUUGUUGAUAUCAUUCCAUUACUGUACUGUCCCAUUAAUCUGUUCUUAGAUAAUACUGAUUCUCAUCCUUCAUGUUUGUUCACUCCUUUAUUGUAUAUGCAUCUCAAUGUUGACGAACAUUCUUUUUCAAAUUUUAAUGGUAGAAUAAAUUCUAUCAUUCUCUCCUUUUGUUUUGUUUCGUGUAAAGUUGCCUUUUCUUUCAUUGUUUCAUUUGUAUUGAUGAUAUUGUACUGUGGAAUAAGUGAUCAGAUGAUGUGGCGGAUUUGUAAGACGGUGCUUCAUCAUUUGGCCUCCUUAUAAGCUACAGUGGGAAGGCCUUUGUAUAUGAGUUUCUCAUGAAGUGAAAGAAGAUGUGUGCAGAUCAAACCAGAGAGCAGACAGCUGGUUCUGUGAACUGCUUAAAUAGAAUGGUGAAGGAUUGUUUUCUGGGAUCCCUGUGGAUGACUUAUGUCUUUGAGAUCCUUGAUACUUGCCUUGUUACAUGCAGAUGUUUAUGCCAUUGAGGUGUGAAACCUCAUUUCCAUGAAGGGUGAUCGUUUAUCAUCUUGUUUUUUGAUUGAAUGUCACAUGUGAAUGGUUGAGGAAGAUAUGGUGCUGGAUGACAUUGAGUAGAUGAGAUAGAUGAAGAGCUUUUCUGUGUAGAGUAUAAAUAACGCCACCUAAACGGAUCUGGGCCCAAACAAUAGUGGGACAGGGCAAAAUGAUGAUGACAACUGAGUGUUUGGACCUAGUAUUGGAUUCAGAACAGAAAGCACCACGUGCACUCGAAUAGUCAAUACUAUAUAAUUGUGUAAUGACUGGCUCCGCCUACCCAAGCCCAUCAGCAUUGGGACCAAGAUACGAUUGGGUAAAUUGGCAUCACGAUAUAAUUGUGUCCAAAUCCAUUUUGAUGCAGAUCCAAGUUUACAGGUCCAAGUCAAAUGUAGGGGAUUUGAGUUUGUUUGCUCACUUGAGCAUUACAAACAUAAGUGCAUUUAUGUCUUUAAAAAGUUGGUAGAUGCUUGCUUAUGUUUGGUUCGUGGGUUCCAUUUUUUACUAAUAUAUUUUGUGAUCAUCAGCUUAGGCUUGGUUAGCGUCAAAAGGGAUGUGUCAUCAUCUUAGGUUGAUUUCAUAAAUGUUUCCAGGGUAUUGCCAAGAUAUAAUUAGGUUACAAUAUGACAACUGCCAAAAUUCCUUUGAGAAUGAGCAUUAAAUGAACUGACCUUUAGUUUUUCCCUCAUCCCUGGAAAGGCUAUUUUGCUAAACACCUUGUGAAUUAUGUCUGUAAAAGUAUCUGGCUGAUCAAAGAUAAGUACCCCAUGUGAAAUCGACCACACCAAGACCUGUAGCUUCAAAGAAGAAGGACAUUUCAAAUCCAAAGUAUAGCAACUCGAGUGCCCUGGGUUAUCAUACUUUAUUGUACUUUACUGAAUGGUCUAAGAAUCUAACUAGUUGUAAAAAAAAAUUUGGAGUCCUCUUCAAGUAACGUAAACUCAUGAACACUCCCCUUCAUGUUGUGCUUUUUGUCUAGUCGUCCCGGAGAUCAGUGCAUUUAGGAGAGGAAAGUCGUAGGUUACCAAUCUUACAUUAGAAACUUGACAGAAUACACUGAGGUCGACUUUAAAUAUGGUUAUGCUAUGGAUAGUUCUGAGUUCUCUGUUCAAUACAUUUAUAAUUCACUCACUCUUCUUAAUUACAAAAAGUUCAAUUUCUACCAUCAACUUUGCCAUUAUACCUUUGGAGAAAGCACAUGAAUUUAAGAACUCAGAACUAUCCAUAGCAUUAUAAAUGUAUGAAUUUAUAAUGCUAUCGAUAGUAGUUUGAAUGUAUGAAUUUAUCACGUGUAACAUUGGUUCGUUUACCUAAGUUAGUGAGUUGAUCUCUCGUGUUAGGAAAGCAGUUGACAAUGGUGUCUUUCUUACCAUUUAUGUAUGAAAUAGACUAAAAUAUCUCUAGAGUAUGAAUCUGAUAUAACUGUAUGCUACAAACUUGCCCAGCCAUUAUUUUCCUGUUUCUUCUAUCAUUACAUGCCCUUUUGAUUUGCUGAAGCUUCCCUUUAUUACUAAAUUCCUGUUUCAUACUUCAAGUUAGAUAUCCUUGUUUUAUAUUUCCAGGUUCUCUCUGCACGGAAUAUCCAACUUUUGCUGGGUUAUUAUGUCAACUGCAUAAAAGAAUCAUCUGGCACUGAUGAUUCAGAUAAGACAAUAAUAGGAUCUACUGAUGAAACGUUCACAGACACUAGGAAUAGUCACUGGAAAUUUGUUUUGGUUCUUCAACCGGCUCAAAGAGGCCUUGAAAGUAAGACUAUAGAGGCAGAUCUAAUCUUAUGGACAGUUGGGUCUAAGUCACUUCUGCCUCAGCUUGAGUCAUUCAACCUUGGAAAUCGCCUCCCGUUGAAUUCAAGGGGACAAGCAGAAGUUGAUGAUACUCUUCAAGUAAAAGGACAUCCACGUAUAUUCGCUGUUGGUGAUUCAGCAGCUUUAAGGGACAGUUCUAGUCAGCUGCUUCCUGCCACUGCACAGGCAUAGUGACUGCAUAUUCUUUCUCUGUAUUAAAAACAAAAAGAACGACAUGAGGAUUUUAAACGGAUCACAUGUGGUUCUGUAUGUUUUUGCAAUCACAAUGACAUCAUUUAUGGAUUCACAGGUUGCUUUUCAGCAGGCAGAUUUUGCUGGUUGGAAUAUUUGGGCGUCUAUCAAUGAUCGACCUCUAUUACCCUUCAGGUUUGUUUCUCUUGCAUGCUUUGAAGAUCACAUGCAUUUGUAUAGUUAUGUUGGUUGCCUAUAACUCAUCUCUUUUUGGAUGUAAAAUUGUCUGUGUUCAUCUAGUUUGUUUUCUCACGUUUGUUCAUGUUAUUUUCUAGUGGUGUUAGUAAUUGUUUCUUAGGAUUUCAUUUCAUUUCAUUGGAUUGACCGUCAGAAUCAUAUUCCACGUACACUAUGAUAAUUGUAGCUUGAACAUACAUAAAUAUUGCCGGUCUGAAAUGCCGGACAGUAAUCAUCAUUUGAGCCAUGAAGGGGCUUGCUCAGCCUCUCAAUCUUUUCCGUCAGUAUGCAUUUUGUUCAAUGCCUAUUUUUCACUUCAACCUCCACUAUUUUUGGAAUGCAAUUGUUCCUCUGUGUCAUGUGUGUAUGCUGUUAUUCUGUGGGAAGAAGACCUUUUGAUAUGGUUGGUGUAUGGCAUCCAGGAUUAGUACUGCAACACAUUAACUGAUAUGGAGGUUAAUUAAGAAGUUGAUCAAACCAUUGUUCUUUGUGCUUUACUUACCAUCACAUAUUAAAAUGUCACCAUGUUUUCUUGACAUUUUUCAACUCUACCUUCAUUUUUUCGCUGUCUCAGCAUUUCAAGUAUUUGUCUAUUCACGAGCAAUGGAUAAUCUGCAUACCUGAGCUUCUUAUCCUAUUUUAGUGUGUUUUUUUAAGAAUUCGUGACAUGAAAGAUGGUGUCUACAAGAUGCCACCUCUCAUUAGUUUUUGUUAUUUCUGCCCUCGUUGGUUUGCUGUGCUUGCAUUAAAUGAAGGCUCACCUCCUUUUAAACUAGUAUUCACAUCAAAAUGAAGUCUUCAAACUCUGAUUAGGUGCCUCCCUCAAUCGAACUGGGCCUUGGAAUGCUUACCUACCAGCCACUGAUUAUUCAGUUCCUCUGAAAUGUUUGCUGUUGAAUCUUUUCUUAAUCAAUCCUCUGUGUGUCUAUUCUGCUGACUUGGUAUUGGCUGCUGGUGUAAGGUGGUAUCUUCUGGUUAACUUCUAUCUUGCAACCCUCGUUAGGACCUCGGGACUUCUCUUAAACAUGAGUUUCAUAUGAAAGCUUCUCAGUAUUUUUGUCUGGUGUCUUCGAUUGACCUUUUAAAAAAUUUCAAUAUUUUUAUUAUUAGAUUUGUCGAUUGUAAAUCUUUUGAUUUUUCACAUUUUUUCAGGCAAUAAUACUAAAGAAUGACGAUUAUAUCUAAAUCUGUGUUCCAUAUUGACUUACUUGAGUCUAUGUAUUUUCCUUGUAAUUUUCAAAUUUUCUUGUUUUUCUUAAAGGCUCCAUCAAAACACUUUUUUUUUUUUGGUUUGAAAAUGAAUAAUCGUGCCUCGAAUUCGUUUCAAGCAAUUUUGAUCGCAUAAAACAUGAUGAAUUCAAUAUACACUAAAAGGUACACUAAAAAUUGAACUACAAUCACUAUGAAUGGAAAGCUAGUCUUGGUCGUUUGAGUUGACCUUUGAUGGCCAACCAUAGUGUAAUCUCUCUACCUCUGGAUAGUCAAAUAGAUUGUUGUGGGAGAUUAUUAAAGUAUUGGAUUUAUUUCAUUAAUUUUUAUCUGUCUAAGCUUAUUUAAGACACUGUCCUUUAUCUGAUCCUUAGGUUCCAGAAUCUGGGGGAGAUGAUGACUCUUGGCACAGACGCUGCUGCAGUGACACCGAGCUUCAUCGAGGGUCUGACUUUGGAUGGACCUGUCGGUCAUGCUGGUGGGUAGUUGCACUUGUUGACUCAUUGACUCCCACGGGCUUUCGUUACCGUAACACGUUUCCUUCCACUGCAGCGAGGAAGAUUGCCUACUUGAUAAGAUUACCCACUGAUGAACAUCGCGUGAAGGUCGGAAUCAGCUGGCUCACAAAGUCUGCUGUUGACUCUAUUGCAUCACUACAGAGCAGCAUAUCCAAGACUCUUUUCAGCUCGUAG